AUGGUGUGCGAAAAACUGCCCCGGCACACACAAACUGUAACUAUAAAUCAUUACUUUGCAGGAGUUCAAUACCCAUGGGGAGACAAAUAUAAGAAGCUCCGUAUGAAUGUGUGGCAGGGCAGGUUCCCGGACGUUGACAGUGGUGCCGACGGGUGGAAGGGAUUAUCCCCCGUCGACGCGUUUCCAGCUCAAAACAAUAACAGUAUGCACGAUAUGCUUGGAAACGUCUGGGAAUGGACGAACACCCGCUACUACGAACGCGUGGUGGACCGGAAGUUGCAGGAUUUGAAAUAUGUGCUCAAAGGUGGCUCCUACAUGGACACAAGGGAUGGUGCCUACAAUUACGUUGUCCGCACUGCCAAUAGGAUGGGCCAAGCACCGACGUAUACUGCUCAUAACGUCGGCUUCCGGUGCGCAGCCAGCGCUCCACAUCUGGUAAAGCGCCAACGGAAGUUGGAUCCACGCUACCGGAAGGAGCCAGAGACAACACGGCGUCCACCAAAACUUCAUAGAGUAGAGGAAAUGGCGCAUCCCCCUCCUGGCAGAAAAAACAGGCAGCGAAAAGAGGAAUUGUGAUAAACUCAUUUCGUAGAAUAUUAUAGACAAUGAUAUCUGUAGUGUAUGCAAGGUUUAGUUUUUUUAUGAUGAAUUCAUUUCUUAGACAAUUAUAUGCAAUCAUAAUUAUAUUUCUAAAUAAAGCCGAACCCCGUUGGCUCGAACUCCCACCCAGGGAUCAACGAAAAUACCUUGAGCCUCGGGUAAUUCGAGUCAAGCGGGAAUGCUUACGUUCAGUCUAAAAAAUCGGUCCUUUACAUCCAGUUCGAGCCAACGGGGAAAUCGAGCCAAGCGAAUUGGAGCCAAGGAGUUUCGACUGUAGUUUUAAUUAUCAUGUUUAUCGAAUCAGACAUUGAAUGAGAUUGUGAAUGAAAACAAGAUUGCAGUUUGAUGGCCAUCUUGUCGAUGCUUGUGUAAUAAAUCUUUGUUAUUAUUAAAAAAAGGAAAACAGUUUUAGACAUUUUUAUGAAACUUGGUACACAUGCUACCAAUAACACAACGCACACAAUAUAUAACUAGGCCAAAUCCCUGGUGUCAAUAUUUACAGAGUACUGGGGCCGUGUUCACAAAACACAUUUAGUCAAUUCCUAACCUUAGUCACUCUCCUAAUGUUAUUAUCACUUUAUUCAUAUGAAAUGAAAAAAAAUACAUUAUAUCUAUUGACCUUAUUAAAAAAACAUACGUAAAUGUUAAAAACACUUCUACACUUUUUCACAUGUGACGAGCGUUACCAUCCGCGUGCAGAUCUGAAUUAUUAUCAAUAACAAUAAUUAUUUCAUGCUUUUCGAUGAAAUAUGGAGUUUUGUCAGUGAAAUAACGACAAUGAAAAUAUCAAUUUGAUAUUUAACUGCAAAUAAGGAGUGAAAAUAUCCACUUUAAGAACUAUUUUAAAAAUCCAUUGUAGUUACUUCCCUUUGAUCAAAAUUAAACACGUCACAUUUGAUCCAGAAAUUGUUGGCAAAAAUAAUUUGAAAUUUAAAAAUGGUUGCAUAAGUGUAAAUAAUGAUAUGUAUGAAUGCUUAAACACUUAAGGCAUAAAAUGUGUUGCUUUUUUUGUUAUGUGCCCCGCAGAGGGCAGAUUAAAUAUAUUUUGUUUGAUCAAUGUUAACAAUCAAUUUAAUUGUAUAAUAAAUAAAGUACUUUUUUGUUUCGA